AUGAGAAGGCCAAGGCAACUGGGUCAAUUUUUCAAAGAGGCUAAAAACCUCAUCGAAAUCGACGAGAGUACUCGACAAAAUGUUGUUCGACAUCUUUCCACCGAAGGAAGCCUCAAGAGAAUACAGGAAUUGAUCGAACAAGAGUUCUCAUCCCUCUCAGAUUCACAGAAGAAGGCAAUAUUUGAGGAUGGUAUGAUUGCCUUUCUGGAAAUCAUCACAUCUCCUGACGUUCUCGCAUCUUUGGUACUGGAGCAGGCUGUUGUCACUAUUUACAACUGCAUAUUCGGACCUGGAGGUCGCCGAGCAAGACCUUUUCUGGAGUUCCUAGCAGAUAUUACUCAUAUGGAGCUCGUAGAAGACCCAAACCUGGCGAGCAAUCAUCUCGAGCUGUGUCUACUUGCCUUUUCCCAGGUUAUCGGAUUAAACUCCACCGCGUUUGUCCAAGAUUCUUUGCAGAGUCCAGCACAAAGAUUUGCGGACCUUCUCAAUUCACUCCAUGCUUUGGAUUGUGAUUGCUCUCUUUAUCAAUCACUCCAAUACCUGGAUGUUAUACAGCGCCGCCUCAAGAUUGGUCUUUCCUUGCCAAAUUUAAUGGAAGGUCUGAAAAGCAUUCAACCGACCCGGGCGACUACUGGAUUUAUCACACAGAGGGCCCCGCCUGGCGGUCGCCACGACAAUGACUACGCGGACAUUUCCAAUGUCAGGGUUAUGCCAACCUUUCAGGAGAUAUCAAGUUCACGGGCAGAGUACCUUCCUGUCAAAGAUUGUCGGCAAUGGCAUCUCAAUGGUAUUGCUGGACUGCUUGACAGGAACUUCCGCCUUCUCAGAGAGGAUACGAUUGGUCAACUCCGAGAUGUGAUACAUGCUGAGCUUCAGGUGGUGACGUUCACCCAGCCACCCAAUGUUCGUGAGUCUGGGAAGAAAGCCAGAGCAGAAUGGUGGAAUAUUUCCAAACGUCUCCAGUCAAGUGCGCUUGUGUGUCUUCUUGACCCCAAAGGCUUCGCAAUUUUCUGCACAGUGGCUGCCCCCGAUCGGGCUUAUGAGAAAAAUAAUGACAAAAGCAAGAAGUGGAAUAUAGCACCAUCUCUCUCGGACAAUCCUAAGACUGCAUCCAUUAUUCUGGAGCUUGUCGAGCCCACUGAAGAAAAUUGGCAGUAUGUAUUCGACUGCCAGGCUGCAAAGAAUACAAGACAGAAUCUGUCACUUUCACUUGUCGAGUUUCCAGGUAUACUUCUACCAUCCUUUCAGCCCACUCUGCUAGCUCUUCAGAGAAUGCAGAAGGCUGAAGACAUUCCUAUGUCAGAGUUUCUUGCAACCGACAACUUGGAUUCACGGGUUGUCAUGACAAACAUCCCACCCCCAAUUUAUGCGGCCUCUCCGGGCUUUUAUUUCGACUUGAAGUGUCUCAUGGAUGAUCGGUCUAGCCUUGAGGUUAGGCACUCUCAGCCAGUAGAUAUCGAGAAACUCCAGCAACACUCUACACUCGAUAAAGCACAAGCGGUGGCCUUGGUCAGAACUUUACAGCGUCGAAUCGGAUGUAUUCAAGGCCCACCAGGCACUGGUAAGAGCUACACGGGAGUGGCGCUCAUCAAAGUGCUCCUGGCGAAUAAGGCCAAGGUCAGAACAGGAUUGGGUCCAAUAAUUUGUGUAUGUUACACAAACCAUGCACUGGAUCAGCUUCUUGAAGACAUUCGGAAAAAUAAGAUUACCACCCAGAUUAUCCGCAUUGGGUCUCAAUCCAAGUCCGAGACUUUAGAACCGUUCAAUCUUCGAACGGUGUCUCGGGAAGUGGAGAAGACACGACUAGAAAGACAGUCUCAGUGUGAACUAUACAACAAGCUUGAUUUGCAUGACGAGCAAUUUCAGAAGCUUCAUCUUAAUUCCUCCGGUUCAGAUGCAAGUCUCAAAUAUUACCUUCAACGCUUCCACCAUAAACACUAUUGCCAGUUCUUUGAAGAGGAUGAGGAUGGAUUUAGGCGGCAAUCAAAUACGGAUCCAAGCCAAACAAUACGGUCGUGGUUGAUCGGUGGAAACACAAGCGAAGAUCCACCACGCAGCAUGAGUCAACUUUAUAACGUCCACAUAGACGUGAUGACUACCCAGGAGCGGAGAACUCUCUAUGAAUACUGGGUAAUGAGUCAGAGAGAGAAUGUGAAUGAUCGAGCUCAGUCAGUAUUCGCUUCACACGCUGAAACUAAGGCUGAAUGGGCCAAAAUCAGAGAUGAGCUGGAUCUGCGCUGCCUUCGCGUUGCAGAUGUCAUCGGGGUAACCACAACGGGGCUGGCUCGCAACCUGAAUAUGCUUCGUCGACUGAAAUCAAAAGUCCUCAUUUGCGAGGAGGCUGGUGAGGUGAUGGAAGCUCAUAUGUUGACCUCCUUGCUGCCGUCAGUGGAGCACCUCAUACUCAUUGGCGAUCAUCAACAACUUCGGCCUCAGAUUCAAAACUAUGAACUCUCUCGAGAAAGCAGUGAGGGAAAACAGUAUGCACUGGAUCGAUCACUUUUUGAGAGACUCGUUGAGCCCGAUGAGGAUGUUGGGGUUCAGAUUCCGCUCUGUACCCUGGAAACCCAACGACGAAUGGAUCCAUCGAUAUCUCGUCUCAUUCGCGAGACUGUGUAUCCGCAACUAGAAGACUCCCCGUCAGUAAUGGAUUAUCCGAAUGUUGUUGGAAUGCGGAGACGACUGUUCUGGCUUGAUCACCGUUGUGCGGAGGCUGGUGCCAUGAGCCAUGAUCCAACAGCUACGUCACACUGGAACGAUCAUGAAAUCGAGCUGACAGUCUCUCUGGUCAACCACCUUCUAAAGCAGGGAGUCUAUAGGAGCGGGGAUAUUGCCGUACUCACACCCUAUCUUGGCCAGCUGCAUCGCAUGCGUCGAAAGCUAGCACUGUCAUACGCUGUCACCCUUGGCGAAAGGGACCAGGAGGACCUGGAUAAUGCAGGUUUUACAGCAGAGGGGAGCGAGCAACAAAGAGCGAAUUUGUCCAAGUCUACACUACUUCAGACCCUCAGAGUUGCAACUGUCGACAACUUCCAAGGGGAAGAAGCAAAGGUCGUGGUUAUUUCGCUGGUGAGAAGCAACAGUCAGAACCGGUGCGGGUUCCUCCGAACUCCAAAUCGAAUCAAUGUCCUCUUGUCCCGUGCCAAGCAUGGUAUGUAUAUCAUUGGGAACACAGAGACCUCGAGGAAAGUUGAUAUGUGGGGAAAGGUGAUUGAUAUCCUGGAGAAAGAUGGAAAUCUGGGUCCCCACUUGGAAUUGACCUGUCCUCGUCAUCCUGACACUCCCAUCGAAGAGGUUGCAGCCUGCAAUGUGGGAAGCGCCUUCAAUGUGGACAUCCUUGCAAGCAAAAGUGUCAUUCCGAGAUGCUUCACCAAGCUGCCUAUUGCUCAGAACCUUGUCCUCGCCCUCUAA